UGGCCUGUGCUGACUGGUUUGCUGUCUGCUAGAAUAUCCUCAAACUCACCCUGGUCUCCUUCUCUUCCAGGAUGAUGCACUCUUUGAAUGAAUGGUUAUGGUGGCACGAGUACUGGCUUCCCCCAGGAAUCACCUGGGAAGACAUGAAGGAAUCUGAGGACAUCCAUUACCCUCAGCCUCAAGACCUCCUGCUCAGCAUCCCCUGUGCCCUGCUCUUGAUUAUUAUCCGGUACCUCUUUGAAAGAUUCAUAGCCCGGCCCCUGGGCAGAAAGCUGGGUUUGAGGGACAAGGUGAGACUGAACGCUCCACCCAAUCCUGUGCUGGAAACCUUCUACGCUACUCACAGCAAGGAUCCAAAGGAGGGGGAGCUGAUCAGCUUAUCCAAACAGUGUGACUUGCCCACCAGAAAGGUGGAGAGGUGGUUCCGAUACCGGCGGAACCAGGACAAACCCAGCCUGACUACAAAAUUCUGUGAGGCCAGCUGGAGGUUUACAUUUUACUUCAUUUCUUUCUUCACUGGACUUGCUGUCCUGUAUGAUAAGUCCUGGUUUUGGGACCAUAGAAAAUGCUGGGUGGGGUAUCCACAACAGCCCUUACUGUCCUCAGUGUUCUGGUACUACAUGCUGGAACUCUCCUUCUACUCCUCGCUGGUCUGCACGCUGCCCUUUGAUGUGAAGAGGAAGGACCUUAGUCAGCAGAUUGUCCACCAUGCGGCUACCAUCUUCCUGAUCUGUUUCUCCUACUGUGCCAAUUACCUCCGCAUUGGGACACUGGUGAUGGUGAUCCAUGAUGCUUCAGACUGUAUCCUAGAGCCAACCAAGAUAUUCAAUUACAUGAAGUGGAGACGAAUUUGUGAUGGGCUCUUCAUCAUCUUCUCAGCUGUUUUCCUCAUCACCCGUCUGCUCAUUUUCCCCUACAAGGUGCUCUACAAUACAUACUACUACUCCAUGGAGCUCUACCAGCCCUUCUUCGGCUACUAUUUCAUGAAUGCUCUCCUGAUGAUUCUGCAGCUGCUGCACGUCUUCUGGUCCUGUCUAAUCAUUCACAUGGUCUACAGAUUCAUCCUGCGUGGCACGAUGGAAAGGGACUUGAGAAGUGACACAGAAGAAAGUGACAUGGCUGAAGAGGAGAGAGAACAAAUGAAGGAGAAAGAGGAAAAUGGGACCAUGCAUUUUAGCAACAUCACAAACAACAAUUGCAUCCGGAAUAGCGGGGUCCAGCAGCUAAACAGCAGAGCCCAUCUCAGCAACGGCCAUGCCAAAGACAGAUAACCUAGGCCAGGCCUGUUGACUGAUCCAGCUAUACCGAACACAGCCUAACGUCCUUAGGAAUUGUCUGACUCAUUGUGUAGACCAGGAGGGAAGCCAUUUUAAUUUCAUAGCUGAAUUCCUGCUUCUGAUAACUGAAUUGUGUGUUGUCACUUAAUAUGUAAAGGAUGCUUCUGCUCUUUUUGCCAAUAGAAGCUUUGCACAGGUUGUAGCCCUGAAGGGAUCAAACUGGCUUGGCUUUCGCAAUACUGUAGGUGUUGUUAACUAUCUUGAACAAUACUCUAAGCAGCUGAUAAAUGUUUAGCAAUUGUAACUUACGAUGUCAUCUGCCUAGCAACAUUUGACAGGAGUCUGCUAGCUCUGUCCAGCACUUUAGUGAAGAUCCGGGCAUGUGGCUAUUAGUGAUUAAGGUUAGCUGAUAAAUUCUAGUGUCUUUAUAUUAUAUGUGCCUGUUUGGGCAGAUAGUAUGCUCCACCAAGUUGAGCAUCAGUGAAAGUCAGGGAGAUUUCCUCCACACACCAAGUGAUUAACUGCUGGAGAAAUGUGGGAGUGUCUAACACAAUCAGUUUGUUGUUGAUGUGAUGAACCUCAGUCCUUCUCAUGGUCUGGGUGAGGUUCUCUGCUGUGCUCAGCCAUCAGAAAAGGUUGUUAGAUGAUGGGGAGGGGAGCUCAGUGCUUGGCUUAGGUCCUGGGCAGUUUCUGCCUAGAUCACAAGAGUGUGACAAUUUGUGCUGCUGUUUACCAGCUGUCAAUAUUUACCCUUUAAACCACAGUGUUAAAAGGGAACAAAGGGGGCAGGAGACUGGACAGUCUAGGUGACAGCGCUGCACCAAAGGUGUUUGUGAUUUCACCUCCCCAUGAAUGGUGCAGGGGGAUCUCUGCAGAGUUGGCUUUUGAGAAGCAGGGAAUUGCUGCCCUGCUUUCUCCCUCCAGGGAAAGGGGAUCCAGAGAGAAACUGCUGAACCUCAUGGCAUGAUAUUUUAAUCAAGAGCUGUAGUUCAGAACUCUGCCUAAACUCCUCAGUAAUAUACAAGAUUGAAGCAUUAGUCCAUGAAGUCAUGACGCAGCUCUGAUUUCUGUUUAUUUUAUACUUCACAUGAGCUUCUUUGCAUGUCAUGUGCUGUGUAUUCUUAGAGUCUGGAUACAAUCAAAUCAUUUCAAAAGAGCUCAGUUAGCACAAAUUGAAUCUCCAUCACGUCAAUAUAUAUUUGAAAUACAAAACCACGAAAGCAUGGAGCUUGGUCUAAUGGUGGCAUGAACUGCUGUGCUCCCAGCUUCAGUACUAGGAGACCCAGGGUGAUAUCCCCCUGGACCAGGUGCUGAAUUGAAAAGUGAAAUUGGACAGAGUAAGGCCCUGAAUUUAUGUUUCAUUUUAAGUAUGUGCUUAUGUGCUUUCUGGGAUGGGGAUGUAAAAGAGCAUGUUGGGGCAGGCUUGGGAUGGUUCUCAGAAACACACUCAGCUCACUGGAAGGGGUUGGCUGGAGAGAUGGCAGUGAUCUGAGUCCAUUUGUUUGGGGUUGGUUUGUUUUCUUCAGAUUAAAAAAUUACUAUGUGGUUCCAGAAGGAAAAACUUUUUCUAACAUGGGGGCAUUAGAGGGACAGCAUAACACUGUUGGGAACCAAUGAAGCCCGGACGCUGAUAACAGGAUUUGAAUUCAUUAGUGCUACUGGAGAUAAUUGUCCCUGAAUGUUGGGACUAAGCUCAAAGUUCAAAUUAAAUGUACUGUAAACAGUUGUCUGUCUGCUAACUACAGUGAGAAAUCUUCCUAUGAGUCUGCGAGUGACAAGUGAUGGGUUUCGGAGGGAAGGUUGCAGUUCAAGUUCACUUUGCAUUGCUAAUUGUAAAAGUUCUCUAUUAAUAACUUUUGCAAGGUUCGGUUGUCUAAGCUCGUUGCCAUCCGUUCCGCGAAAGCAGGAGGUGGCAUUGUCACCUCCACUUAGAUUAGCAGAGGUUUAAUUUGGAGAUUUAUUUUUAAAAAUAAAAGUUUUAAUGAUCAGAUCA